UUCAGAGCAAUACGCACGGCUAGUUUAAAUAAAACAGUCAAAAUUAUCCUUGAAUUCAACAGUGCAGCUCACCGAGUUUCGGGUGCGGCGGCGACUGGCUGUGGAAAGCCUGGGGUCCUUCCUUGCUGCCCAUGUGCGGAGCCUGGCGGCGGCGGCGGCGACAACAUGGGAGGUCUGGAGAAGAAGAAGUAUGAAAGAGGAGCAGCUACGAACUAUAUUACUAGAAAUAAAGCCAGGAAGAAGUUGCAACUGAGUCUUGCGGAUUUCAGGCGAUUAUGCAUUCUGAAGGGUAUUUAUCCUCAUGAGCCCAAGCACAAGAAGAAGGUUAACAAAGGUUCAACAGCUCCACGUACUUUUUAUCUUAUCAAAGAUAUAAAGUUUUUACUGCAUGAACCCAUUGUGACCAAGUUUCGUGAGUAUAAAGUAUUUGUUCGUAAACUCCGUAAGGCCUUUGGAAAAGCAGAAUGGAAUACAGUUAACAGGCUCAAGGACAAUAAACCUGUAUAUAAGCUGGAUCAUAUUGUCAAAGAAAGGUAUCCGACCUUCAUUGAUGCGCUCCGAGACCUGGAUGAUGCAUUGUCCAUGUGCUUCUUAUUUGCAACUUUCCCUCGCACUGGGAAAUGCCACGUACAGACAAUUCAGUUAUGUCGGCGCCUGACUGUGGAGUUUAUGAAUUUUGUUAUUGCCUCCAGGUCACUACGUAAGGUGUUCUUGUCUAUCAAAGGAAUUUAUUACCAGGCAGAGAUUCUUGGUCAACCAAUAACCUGGAUUGUACCCUACGCGUUUGCACAUGAUCAUCCAACAGAUGUGGACUACAGAGUAAUGGCUACUUUCACUGAGUUUUUUACAACACUUCUAGGCUUUGUCAACUUCAGACUCUACCAGACCCUCAAUCUUCUCUAUCCUCCAAAGCUAGAAAACAAGCCAGAGGAAAAGGAGCUGAAGGAAGACGAUGAAGAGAUGUAUGCAAUGGACUCAGAAAGCUAUAUGGAGAAACUGGCUGCCUUGGGUGCCAGUUUAGCUCGCACGGUGUCUUCAAAUGAAGAGGAUGAUGUGCCAGACGAAUUCCCUGUGGAAGGGGAAAAUGCAGAGCUGAUUGGGGAGAGGCAAAAGGAGCAACAAGUAUUAGAAAAACAGAAGAAAUUGUUUGAGGGCUUGAAGUUUUUCCUUAACCGAGAAGUACCACGUGAAUCACUGGCCUUUGUCAUAAGGUGUUUUGGAGGCAUGGUAUCAUGGGAGAAGUCGCUUUGUAUAGGUGCUAACUAUCCUGUUACAGAUGAAACCAUUACCCACCAGAUAGUGGACAGGCCAAGCCUUGAUAAACAGUUUGUCAACAGGUAUUAUAUCCAGCCCCAGUGGGUGUUUGACUGUGUUAACUGCAAAACACUUCUUCCAGUAGAAGAUUAUUUCCUCGGAGUGACUUUACCACCUCAUCUUUCUCCAUUUGUGGAAGAGAAAGAUGGAGACUACAUUCCACCAGAAAAGCUCAAACUCUUGGCCAUUCAGAGAGGCGAAAGCACAUAUGAAAAUGAAACUGAAUCAGAGGAAGAGGAUGAAAAAGAUGAGGAAGAAUCAGAUGAAAUGGCUGAAGAAGAAUCAGACGAUGAAGGAGAUGAUGAUAUGGAUGAAACAGAGAAACAAGAUGAGGAAAAACUGAAGGAUAUGGAGGCUCAGAAGGUGAAAGGCAGGAAACUGAAUGUGAAGGUAACCACAGGGACUAUGAAGCUAGAGAACAAAGCACAGGAGUUUGAGCGAGAGAAAGCUGAGGAGAAGCGCCUGGCUAUCAUGAUGAUGAAGAAAAGGGAGAAAUAUUUGUAUAAGAAAAUAAUGUUUGGAAAGAAGAGAAAAGUUCGCGAGACAAACAAGUUGGCAGCGAAGAGGAAGGCUUAUGAUGACAUGCUGAAAGCUGAGAAAAAGAAGAGUAAAAAAAAUUAAAUCUCAAAAUACUGUAAAUCAUUGUACAUCUGCAGUUUAACUGUAAUUCUGUCUGCAUUGGACGGAAAGUAUAGAUAGUAAAGGCUUUAUGUGCUCUUCUGAGCAGGUUUUGUUGUGUUGGAUUUCAUGUGUUGCUAUCUAGUUAAAUGGAAAUGACUUACUAUAAAAAGUUGUUUAAGGAUUGAAAUGUUGUUCUUACAGAGUCUAUCUUGGAUUUCUUGUCUAAUUACGUAGACUUUGUACUAUGAUCUUUAAAAAUCUAAGCUGACUGUGCCACUUUGGCAUUGUAAACUUAUCAUAAGCAGAACAUUGUCAGUCUGCAAGGAAAUGUAGUAUAUUGUGUGCAACCUGUACUUCCACAGAAAAAUGGAUUAUGUCACAAAUAUUUCCAAAAAUAUGGUCUGCCUUAAUAUACAUACUUGCAUAACUGUUUCAGCAACUUAAACAAUUUCCUGUCUUCAUCUAAUUUGAACUCUUAUUGUCACUUUUUUAACUGAAGUUGGACUAGCCACGUAAUUAAAAUUAAAGCGUUCAGGAAAUAUGAUCAGUAUUGUAGCAAUAAUUAAUGAACUUAAAAUCAUAAGAAAUGUUACAAAACAGUAUAUUGCAGCCUAGAUAGAAUUUACAAAGGUGAUAUCAAAAUCCAUUUUGUCUUUCUUAAAAUGUUCUUCAAAGGAACACAAUGUAUAAAAAUAAUACUGUUCACUUGUAUUUUGACUGUACGUACAGAAAAUCAAAGACAAUUUUUAUUCAGCUCUUUUCUAAAUGCUGGCAAAUGGAUGCUGCUUUCUUUGCCUCAAUAAGCACCAAGUUGUGUUAGCAAGGGAAAACAAUGGUUUUUCCUUUCACAUACAAGUCUCAGCAUUGAACAUUUUCAGUUACACUCUGCUUCAAUUCUUGAAGGGUAGGAUUGAAUAUUUCAAUUCCUUGUGCUAAUUAUUUUUGUAACUGUGAUCUAAGAUGGUCAGUUCUAUGCCAGUUAUUGUAUGCUGUAGUUGCUGGGAGCAGGGCUGCUUAAUCAUGUCUUUUCUAUGAUGGGGAAAGAAAUUCCCCUUCCUUUCUUUAAAUAACAGCAAGCAUAUAUGGAAUACAUUUUAAUGUACAACUCACUGAGUUCAGGUGUAAUGCUAGAGAAACAAAGGACUGCAGAUGCUUUCAUCUAGAGUUCAGGUGUAAUUUUGUUUGCACAGUUUAGAGCCAAUAAACUUUUUUUUGUUAUGCACAAGCCUUUCAAUUUCAUGCAUUGAUUGUUUGUAUUGCUCAGAGGAAUAUAUGCCUUAUUAAGGUCACAGCUGCAGAAAUUAAAGCUACUUGCACGCAGAGGUAUUCGGCUAUGAUUUUCUUCUCAUAUGCUUAAGAGAGGAAGAAACAUUUGCAACUCGUGUGUUUUAAGCCUUAUGCUUCAGCAAAAUCUACACUGGGCUGAUAGAGUUCUCAAAUACCAUGAGGUCCGUGGAAAUGUACCUUCAUUUAGGUAUUUUAAUUUAAUACAGCAAGAAGAGACAAGUAUUGGAAUCCUAGAUCCACUGUCCUUUGCAUUCUUUUGUUUGCUAGAUUUUUAAAUGUUUUUGUUGGAUUGUGUGAGCACACGGGGGAAGGCUCCAAAAUACAUUCUUCUCUGGGGAGAGGGGAGAGAAAAUCAAAUCAUUGAAAAACAUCCAGUACUGAGGGAAAACAAUUGAUAAGCUGCAUAUUUCUUUAAUAAUUGUUAUAAAGUAUCAUUUGAGGUUGCAGUAAUUGCUAGGGGAUGCUUAAAAUAGCUUCAAAGAUUGAACAAAAAUAAACUUCCAGAAGUCUUGGUUUUGCUGCCUUAGUGGUGUUUGAGUUUUGCCUUCCAAACAAACUAAACAGUGGCAGUGUUAUUUGUACCAAUGGAUGAGGCACAGGUUAAUCUGGAUGGCUAAGCUAUUGUUGACUUGCCUUCUGCAAGACGAGACUUGGUACAGCUUGAUUACUUUGGGGGAAAAUAAAGACUAAUCAAUGUUCCACAAGCAAAGUAUAAAGAUAGAGAUGUAGAAAUUCUGGUGCAUUUAAUGGGUGCGGCAGUGAACCUUUGCUUAAGUAUCAUUUGCACUACUGACUGAACAUCAGACAUUCACUAUGGAGCAGAAAACCCUAUUUGUGAUUCUCCAAGGGGAGAGGCAUUCAUGAAGGAUGAGAAUGUGCAUUAAUCCAGAGAAUUUCAUUUCUUCUAAGGCCGGGUUCAGGAUGGGUGGUGACCAUGGGCUGAGUUGGACCUAUGCUGAGGCCAGAGAGGGCUUACUGGUGGUGGCACUGAGAUCAGUAGCAAGACUGAUGAGGGAAGGUUUGGGAUGGUGAGAGCCAAUAAGUGUCUGCAUCUAAUAUUGCCCUGGGUUGGCCAGGUUGUCUUGGGAAUGCCGAACAAUGGUCUCAAGGCAACAUGGUCCAAAAGGAACAUUACACAUGGAAUGAUAUAAUCCCAUGCAUUUCUGUUGCCAAUCUCUUCUACGGCUAAGAAGUGAUCAAUUGCAUAUCAGUUUUGAUAUAAUACGCCCUGGAAAUAGUUGUUAUCAAAUGGUACUUUGUUUGGAGGAUUGAUGUUGCAUAAUUAUGCAAUUGAAUUUCUAGGUAAGACUAUAUUUGUAUUAAGCUGCAAGAUAUAAAGCCAUUCACCUGGCAUUACAUGAAGUCUUGAAUUAUUUAUUGAAGUUUCAAAAUACUGUAUCAUGAAUAAUUAAUGUUUAAUUUGAAGCAUCUUGCUAAUUAUAUUUAGGCCUUUUGCAGUUUCUGCACCUGCAGUAAAAGGUUCAUUCAGUUUACUCUUACAAUUAAUAGAACUAUUGGAAAGAUUUAUUAAUGACUUGUCUGUAUUGGGAAGGGGGCUUGGUAUUUAAAUCUGCCCAACAUUUAGUUGGAAGAAGUUUUUGCUCACUUAAACUCAGUUAAAUAAGUCUAAUUUGUUGGGGUGGGGGGAAACUAGUACACGUAAUAAUAACCUGAAACUAUCUAAUCCUAUUUGUAAUAAUGUCCUUUUAGUGAAGGUAUUUUGCUGUCCUUAAGCAAUGUGCCCUACUUGUGACUGCAGAUGGAGUCUUGACUGCUGUUGUAGCCAGGUAGGCCAAUUGACAAAAGGAUAGUUAGGGAUGGGUAAGAUGUGCUCAGCUGGCCUGCUAUGUUAUGUUGAUUUUUUUUAUGCAAUGCAGUUUCUUACAAUCACAUUUAUUCAUGUAGUUUAUUUUUCCUGUUGCAAUAUUUAUUUAUUACCAUGGGAGCCAUAUUAUAUAGGCAAGCAUACCAUUUUUAAUUCUAAUCCAUGAAUGAGUGACCAGGAGGAUUAAUAUUGCAAAGACAUUGCUGUUGAUGCAGACUUGAGCUGUCUUGUCUGAAGCAAUAGAUUAAAUGGUCUAUAUUAAAGAUUUCUAAUAAAUUCAUGCAAGUUUGGAUAAAUAAACAAUUUGGAUAGAUAACCAAAAAAUGCCUUUGACACCAUUGACAUACAGCCUGCUGAUCUCUGGAAAAGCCACAAGCAGUCCGAGUAUACAGUAUGUGACUGCUAACAAGCAGCCUGUUUUAACUUGUAACUGGUUAACUAUUGAAAACAUUGCAAUCUUUUAUGGUUUAACCAAUACAUUAAAGGUCCUAUUGAAAAGAGUUGAGGAAGAAAUGUACCCUGAUGUAUUUAACCUUUAUGAAUUUAAUUCUGUUCUUGACUUUAUCAUUGUUAAUUUUAU